GGUGAAACGUGGCUCGGGGUUAGUCUAGCGAUAUUUUCUUCCUUACCUAAUUUGUGUUUAUUAGGUAGACUUGCGGUGUGACAAGUAUCAGGGACUUCGCUGAAAAACCAUACUGGCGUGACUGAAAUGGGUUCUAAAAAGAGUGUGAUGUUGCCUGCAUCAAGCGUCAUGGCAGUGAGUUAUGUGGAGAGAUAUAUUGCUGCCAUGGUACUUAGUGGUGUUGGAGAUGCAUUAGGAUAUAAAAAUGGAAGCUGGGAAUUUUGCAAUAAUGGUUCAGCAAUUCUUGAUGAGCUAAAGGCGAUGGGAGGGUUGUCUUCAAUAAAUAUUAAAGGAUGGAUGGUCAGUGAUGACACCGUUAUGCAUCUGGCAACAGCAGAAGCUCUUUGUGAAGAAAGUGGCCAAUCUGAUAUGGAAAAGCUGUAUAUGAAGAUUGCCAAAAAGUACAAGGAGUGCAUGUCAGACAUGACUGGGAGAGGUCCAGGACAUACCUGCCUCAGAACAAUAAGAAGACUCAACCUUGAAGUUAACAAGGGAUACCAGAUCACAUUUGAUCCCAGUGGUGGGGGAUGUGGAGCUGCCAUGAGGGCCAUGUGCAUCGGGUUGAGGUAUUCAGAUCCGAGUGAUCUGGACAAACUGAUAGCUGUGAGUGUAGAGAGCGGACGGAUGUCUCAUCACCAUCCUACAGGCUAUCUGGGGUCCCUGGCCUCUGCUCUCUUCACUUCCUACUCCAUUCAAGGGAAGCCUGUGGCUGAAUGGGGUGCUUGGCUAUUAGAGGUUGUGGACAAGGCCAGGGAAUAUGUCAUCUCACAGGGUCACCAUGUGGCUGAAAACAUGCAGAACUGGUCAUACUUUACAGACCAUUGGAGACAAUACCUAUCACAACGUGGUAUUCUAGAUGGAAAAUCCAUGCCCAAAUUUCCUGAUGAGUAUGGGGUUAAGGAGAGAGAUUUGUUCUACAAGACUAUCAGUUAUAGCGGCUGGGGUGGUGCCAGUGGACAUGACGCUCCCAUGAUAGCAUAUGAUGCCCUGUUAUACGCAAGUGAUAACUGGAACGAACUUUGCAACAGAGCAAUGUUCCAUGGAGGUGACAGUGACAGUACUGGGGUGAUAGCUGGAGCCUGCUAUGGAGCUAUGCAUGGCUUUAAGGGUGUCCCUAAGGGUUUAUAUAAGAAUUUGGAGUACAGGGACAGAUUAGAGCAGACAGGGAAGAAGUUGUACAGCCUGAGCCAUGGUGGUGCUGGUUGUGAAGCAGAGGAUACCACCCAUAACACUCCAGCCUCAAGGCCCACUGCCCAAACCACUAACUCUGAUUAGUAGUCAGUUAUCAGGUGGCUGAUACAAGCAUCAUGGCACAUCAUGGCGUGCACCUCCGACCCUCAGACUUGUAGGUUGCCACAAUAUGGCUUAAAUAUUGCCCACAGAGAGUUUCACUUUUUGUGGAUAUACAGAUACACAAAUGACGUUGUGUUGCAACUCACAUUCUUCCAUUUCUGCAGUUGUUGUGGUAACCAGAUAGCCAUUUUCCUUAUAUAUAGUAUAUAAAUAGAUAUGAUUUCAUGUCCGGACUACAACUCCAACUGCUUUUCACAUAGAGUUUCAAUUUUGGUUGGUAGAGCAUCUGCUUCGGGACCAGUAGGUCCAGGAUCAAUCCUUGAUGGAGUCACACCUAAGACUUUAAAAGAGGAAGUUGUAACUUCCUCGCUUGGCGUUCAGCAUGAAGGGGAUAGUGCAAUGACUGGUUGACCCGUAUCAGUAUAAUGUGUCAGGCGGGGCGGCUUACUUUGGUAAGUCGUCUCAGUGAAGCAGCAAUAGAUAAAAGAGUGGUGGAAAUCCGUCCUGCGACAAGGAGGCACAUUACACAUACAUGCACCCUUAAGGAUUCCUUCGUCGUCAUAUGAGUGAAAAAUUGUUGAGUACGACGUUAAACCCCAAGCACUCACUCACUUAAUUUUUGGUGGAUAUAGAUACACAAAUGACGAUGUGUCACAUUUGUCUGUGUCUGUGGUUUCCAUAUUACCGGAUUGCCAUGGUAACCAGAUUGCCAUUUCUCUGAUAUCUGCUAUGUAGUUCCAAGUGAACAUUGCCUACAGCUCCAAGUGUUUUGCAGUUUUGAUUUUUGGUCGAUGCAUACAUACAGAGGUGAUGUGCCAAGCCUCACAUUUGUCCAUUUUUAUGCAUCCACUGCCAUUAGGUAUAGCAGAUUAUGGUAUAGUCCAUCUCUUCAUCCGUAUUUGUAUCCUGGCUAGGUCCCCUAUUGCUUUCCACAUACUCUGGCUUUCUGUUAUCAUUUUUUCUGCUUCUCUUUAAGCAAUGUUUGAUUAAUCAUGCUUGAUUUUUGGUGAAUCAAAAUAUUGUGCCUAUAUGUGGCUGACAGCAGUCUGGAAAUGCCCAACCCGAACUGGUCGUCCGAAAACUUAUGUUACAUCAGCAGCACACACAGAAACCAGCACAAAGGACAAUGAAUUGCAUCAAUCACAUUUAAGUCAGAUCAAUUGGAAAGGUAUGCAUAAAUCAAUUUUAUUAUGUUUUUUUGGUAUCACAAUAGUUUUUUUUUUAUCACUGGCAGCCCUUGAAGUAUUCGAUUGUAUUUUGUGUUUGUAUAUCCAUGGGACAUGGAAUAAUUCAGAAUGUCUUCAUGGUUUAGCAAUGUAUUUCAGCCAAGGUAUUCACGGGUAUACAUUAAGGCUCAGUUAAACAAUGUGACUUAACAUAGAUGAUGAAAUAUAGUGGAAAUCUAUAUAUGC